AUGAACUCCCUCCGCAUCGCGCGCGCCGCUCUCCGAGCACGCCCUGCCGCUAUCCGCGUGCCUCUCCAGCGCCGCACCUACGCCGAUGCCGUCCCCGACAAGAUCAAGCUGAGCCUGUCGCUCCCCCACCAGCCCAUCUACAAGUCCCAGGAUGUCGUCCAGGUCAACAUCCCCGCCGAGUCUGGCGAGAUGGGUGUCCUCGCCAACCACGUUCCCUGCAUCGAGCAGCUGAAGCCUGGUCUGAUCGAGGUCAUCGAGGAGAGCGGCGGCAGCAAGCAGUUCUUCCUCUCGGGCGGAUUCGCCACUGUCCAGCCCGGCUCCCUCCUGAGCAUCAACGCCGUCGAGGGCUACCCUCUCGAGGACUUCUCCGCCGAGGCCGUCCGCACCCAGAUCGCCGAGGCCCAGAAGGUCGCCAACGGCAGCGGAAGCGAGCAGGACAUUGCUGAGGCCAAGAUUGAGCUCGAGGUUCUCGAGAGCCUGCAGGCGAACCUGAAAUAG